AUGUCGAUUCAAAUUAGUGAUUCGUCGGAAACGUCCGACUCAUUGAAGUCCCUGUCGCUGAUAGCGUCGCAUUCGCAUAUUACCGGGCUCGGGCUGGAUGACAAUUUGCAACCGAGACCCUCCUCGGAGGGGAUGGUUGGCCAACUGCACGCUCGUCGGGCUGCUGGGAUAAUACUGAAGAUGGUACAGAACGGGACUAUUGCCGGGAGGGCUGUCCUCGUUGCUGGUCCACCUUCCUCGGGGAAGACUGCGCUGGCGAUGGGUCUGUCGCAGUCACUGGGCAAAGACGUGCCCUUUACUGCGAUUGCUGGUUCCGAGAUCUUUUCGCUGGAGAUUAGCAAGACAGAGGCUCUGACGCAAGCGUUUAGAAAGUCGAUCGGUAUCAAGAUCAAGGAGGAGACCGAGUUGAUAGAAGGUGAGGUUGUCGAGAUACAGAUUGACAGGUCCAUCACGGGGGGCCACAAGCAGGGGAAACUGACCAUAAAGACCACAGACAUGGAAACCAUCUACGAGUUGGGUAACAAGAUGAUCGACGGGCUGACCAAGGAGAAAGUACUUGCCGGGGACGUGAUCUCGAUAGACAAGGCGAGCGGGAAGAUUUCCAAACUGGGCAGGUCGUUUGCCAGAUCGAGAGAUUACGACGCGAUGGGUGCAGACACAAGGUUCGUUCAGUGCCCUGAGGGUGAAUUGCAGAAGAGGAAGACUGUUGUACACACUGUCUCGCUGCAUGAGAUUGACGUGAUUAACUCUAGAACUCAAGGGUUUUUGGCGUUAUUCACCGGUGACACUGGUGAAAUCCGGUCCGAGGUGAGAGAUCAGAUCAACACUAAAGUUGCUGAAUGGAAAGAGGAGGGGAAAGCGGAGAUUGUGCCCGGUGUCUUGUUCGUUGACGAGGUGCACAUGCUAGACAUUGAGUGUUUCUCCUUCAUAAACAGGGCACUUGAGGAUGAGUUUGCGCCCAUCGUCAUGAUGGCCACGAACAGAGGUAUCUCUAAGACGAGGGGUACCAAUUACAAGUCCCCUCAUGGGUUACCACUCGAUCUCUUGGACAGGUCGAUCAUCAUUACGACGAGCAACUACGACGAACCAGAGAUCAAGACCAUCUUGUCCAUAAGAGCACAGGAGGAGGAAGUCGAGUUAUCAUCUGAUGCGUUGGACCUGUUGACGAAGAGCGGGAAGGAGACGAGUCUCCGCUACAGCAGCAACCUGAUCUCUGUGUCACAGCAGAUUGCAUUGAAGAGGAAAAGCACUGUGGUCGAGGUGGCCGAUGUCAAGAGGGCAUACUUGUUGUUUUUGGACUGCGCCCGGUCUGUCAAGUACGUUCAAGACAACCAAACGCAGUACAUCGACGACGAGGGUAAAGUGGACAUCUCUGCCUCCGCGGGUGCUCCAGUUUCCGCACCAGUCGCCGUCGUGCCAGAUGCAAACGGUGUUGAUGCAAUGGACACCACGGACUAG